GCCAAUCAUGUUCAAAAUAAUUUUGGUGCUCUCCCUUUUGGGAUUUUCUGUGUUUGCCGAUUUGAUCGUGGAUCUACCGGAUGGACAAAUCCAGGGCCAUGAGAUGCAAACCAUCCUCAACAAGACGAUUUACGCCUUCCAUGGAAUACCAUAUGCCGCUCCACCAGUCGGAAACUUAAGAUUCCAGGCUCCAUUACCACCAAUCCCAUGGGAAGGUGUCAGGGACGCCACAAAGGAGAGGGCUUCUUGUGUUUUCCUGGAAACUUUCAGCUACUACCCCGAUCCGGGAGAGCAAAGCGAGGAUUGCUUGUUUGUCAAUGUCUACGCGCCGUCUUGGGAACAAUCGGAAAAAUUACCAGUCAUGGUCUGGAUUUACGGUGGGGGUUUCAUCGCCGGGAGCGGAGUCUAUAAAUACUACGGACCAGACUACCUUUUGGAAGAAGACGUCAUCGUCGUGACGUUGAAUUACAGAUUGGGUCCCUUCGGCGUGGUCUCCACUGGCGACAAAGCCAUAUUAGGAAACGCGGGCAUCAAAGACCAAAACAUGGCACUCAAAUGGGUCCAAAACAAUAUCGAAUACUUCGGCGGAGAUCCCGCAAAAGUUACCCUAUUCGGAGAAAGCGCCGGCGGCAUGGCCGUGGGCAUGCAUUUGGUCAGCAAAAAAUCCGCAGGCCUGUUCCGCGCUGCUAUUUGCCACAGCGGUUGCACUUUGAGCACCACGUAUAAUCCGGACCCCAAGGCUUUCAUUUAUAGUUUAGCGAAACAGUUGGACGACAGCAUUUCGGACCAAAACACCACCAUCGAAAUAAGAGACUUUUUGGUGAAACAAAAUGCUUCCGACCUGGUCAGCGCCGGUCUUCUUUUGGACGCUCACGGGUUUGUUCCCGCUAUUGAAGCCGAUGACGAAGAAGCUUUCAUAUCUGAAGCAACUUAUCCGCUUGUUGAAGCCGGAGUCAAUAAAGUUCCCCUAAUUAUAGGUACCAAUUCCGAGGAAUCUUUGAGUUUUCUCUCGAAUUUACAAAGAGCGCAAACCGCAGCCGAAGGUUACGACAAAGAUCCGUCUGGAUUGUUCCCAAGCGUAUAUUUGAUUCCUCUACCGGGUUCUAAUCUCACAGAGGCGGGUGAAGUAAUCAAGGAGGCUUACAUCGGUAGCAAUGGCUCGUUCCUCGAUCAACUCGGUCAAAGUCUAGAGUACGACAGUGACAAUCGUUUCGGAAGGGCGACCCUAAAGCAGGCCCAGUUGGCUUCAAAAUAUAGUUCAGUGUUCCUGUAUCAGUUUUCCUUUUACGGAACCAAAAGCAAGAACGAUCGUUACGUUGUCGAAGGUGCUGGCAAAGUGGGCCAUUUCGACGAGCUGCCGUACCUUUUCAAUAUGAGUCCCUUCCCAUUGAAAACUGACGCCGAUGAACUGACCAGGCAACGAUUCGCCAACCUCUGGGCUAACUUUGCCAAAACAUUAAAUCCAACUCCAGAGCAAUCGGAAUUGCUUCAAAAUGUCGUAUGGCCUGAAGUAGUUUCCGAUAACAUCCAGUAUUUGGACAUCGAUGACACCCUUCAGGUAAAACCAAAUAGGAAAGUGAAGGAAUCCGCCAUGUGGGACUAUGUCUAUGACAAGUACGGAACUAAACCGUUUAUAUUCCUCCAACCCUGCAAAAUGCUCAGUUGGUUGCUUUUGGUCGGCAAACACGUCGCCAUGUUUGUCCUUCUAGGAAUAACGCUGCUACUGACGUCUACGCGUGGGGAUUUGAUUGUCGAAUUGCCAGAUGGAAAAAUACAAGGGCACGAAAUGCAGACGUCCGAGAACAAGACGUUUUACGCAUUCCACGGAAUUCCAUACGCUUCGGCGCCCGUUGGCAACCUAAGGUUCCAAGAACCGACACCACCGAAACCAUGGACGGACGUUAGAGACGCGACGAAAGAGGCGGACUCGUGCAUCUUCCUGGAAAACUUUUUCUACUACCCCGAUCCAGGGCCGCAAAGUGAAGAUUGCUUGUUCGUCAACGUUUACACUCCAUCUUGGAAUACCUCUGACAAGCUUCCGGUCAUGUUUUGGAUUUUCGGCGGUGGUUUCGUUGCCGGAAAUGGUAAUUACAAAUUCUACGGGCCGGACUACCUACUCGAAGAAGACGUCAUUGUGGUCACUUUCAACUACAGAAUGGGCCCGUUCGGUUUCAUAUCCACAGGAGACAACGUCAUACCCGGAAACUUGGGCAUAAAGGACCAAAAUUACGCACUGCAGUGGGUGAACAAAAACAUCCAAUAUUUGGGAGGCGAUCCAGACAAAAUCACCAUUUUCGGUGAAAGCGCUGGAGGAAUGUCGAUAGGAAUGCAUCUCGUAAGCGAGAAGUCAUCAGGUCUCUUUAGGGCAGCCAUUUGUCAUAGCGGAUGCACGCUAAGCACCACCUACCAAUUGGACCCCAAAUCAUUCAUCUACGAAUUGGCCCAGGUUCUCGACAGCAGUAUUUCCGAGCAAAACACCACAGUUGAAAUUCGCGAUUUUCUAUUGGCCCAAACUCCCGAUAAUCUCAUCAAUGCCAGUCUGCAGGUGGAUUCACAUGGCUUUGUGCCAACCCUAGAGUUGGAAUUGGAAAACGCUUUUCUGUCGAAACCGACCUUCCCUCUCGUGGAAGCUGGCGUAAACAAAGUUCCUUUAAUUUUGGGUACCACGUCGGAGGAAGCUUACGGUUUCCUCUACAGUUUGGACAAAGCCAUAGAAACUGCCCAGUCCUUCGACCAAGAUCCCACAGCUCUGGUGCCCUCGUCUCUUGUACCUCUGCCAGGAUCGAACGUAACUGAGAUCGGAGAAAUUAUCAGGGACCUCUAUGUGGGUGCUAACGGUUCUUUCGAAAAUAAUAUUGUCCAAACUUUGGAGUAUGAUACUGAUAAUCGCUUCGGAAGAGCAACGCUUAAACAGGCCCAGCUUGCGUCUCAGUACACGUCAGCAUUCUUGUACGUAUUUUCCUUCUACGGCACCAAAAGCCAAGACCACUACGUUGUUGAAGGUGCUGGAAAAGUAGCUCAUUUCGACGACCUGGCUUACCUGUUCAAAAUGAGCCCGUUCCCCUUAGUGACAGACGCCGACCAAUUGACGAGAAAGAGGUUAACUAAGCUAUGGGCUAACUUUGCCAAAACUCUCAACCCUACGCCCGAAGAGUUAGAACUACUUCAAAAUGUUAUCUGGCCGAAAGUUACUAGUGACAACCUCUCUUACCUCAACAUUAACGAUACGCUCGAAGUGAGGCCUAACCGGAAGGCUAAAGAAUUUGAGACGUGGAACGACCUGUUUUAUAAAUACGGAACGCAACCAUUUAUUGUGUUUUAAAGGUUGUCUUUCAUAUGAAAAUACAGAAUUG